GCAACGGGCACACGCGCUCUAUGGCUUCCUUUCCGUUUUCGCGUGGUUCUUGUGCUUUGCAAGCUCUGGAUUCUCUGGCGUUUGAAUGUUUCCAGUAGUGGAACCCCAAGGAGGACUGAUCAGGUCUUACAUUUCUAAAACCAUGACCUGUUUUCAGGAAUUAGUUACAUUCAGGGAUGUGGCCAUAGACUUCUCUCGGCAGGAGUGGGAAUACCUGGACCCUAAUCAGAGGGACUUGUACAGGGAUGUGAUGUUGGAAAACUAUAGCAACCUGGUCUCACUGGGACAUUCCAUUUCUAAGCCAGAUGUGGUUGACUUAUUGGAGCAAGGAAAAGAGCCCUGGAUGCUUUUGGGGGAAGAAACACAGUACUCAGGAUCUAAUCCAGAACCAGUUGAUGAAAAGAUGCCAAACUCU